AUGGCCUUCCUCUUUAAAUCGAAAAAGAAUCAGCAAAAUACAACCCUGCCCCCGGCAUCGAGAAAUGUCCCAAGUUCUGAGGGAGCGCCGCCAAAUGCACCGCCAUCCGCUGCACCGGCAGCGGCACCCCCGGCGCCGAAGGAACGGGAGGGAGGGAAUCCUCAGACGCCGACUCCCAGUAGUAGCUACAAUAACUCCUUGAAUUCGGUGAACAGCACAAACAGCCCGGAGACCCAACGGAUGCGACAGAGAGCCGAGUCGGAAUCGCAGGUUGGUGCCCCUUGCCUAUCUCUCUAG